AUGUCCCCCCUCGGGGCCGCCUGGAUCCUGCUGCUUGGACUCGUCUGGGAAGCUGCUUCCUACACUGAGAGAGACUCGGCCACCUGCCGUGCACCCCUGGAGGUGCGGGGGGAGAGCCAGGGGGUGAUCCGCAGCUUCCCCCCCCAUCAUGGCCGCAUCCUGCCUGGCAAGUGCACGUGGGUCAUCCUGGGGGGCCCGGAGGACGUGGUGACCAUCAGGUUCGAGCGGUUCCAACUGGCGUGCGGAGAGGCGAAACUCUACAUCUGGGCUCACUCCUACCCCCACCAGGCCCUUUGCGGCUCCCGGCUCCCCACCCCCCUGGAGUACAGGGGCACCAAUGUCACCCUGAGCUACGGGCGCAGCUGGACGGUGGCAGAAGGAUUCCAGCUCCACUACGAGAGAGCAGGUCCCCUCCUCUCUGCCUCACCUCCAUCUUGUAACCUGACCCUGGAUGAUUUCUAUGGGGUCUUCUCUCCGCCUGCCUGGCCUGGAGGCCCCGCUGGAGCCCUCAUCCAGUGCCGCUGGGCCCUGGACCCCCACGACAGCCGCCCCCUCACUGUGCUCUUCACCACGCUGGACCUGGCUCCGAACGACUCCCUAGAGGUGUACGAGGGCCACCCAGACCUGUUGGCUGAGCCGCGGCUGCUGCGGCGCGUGGAUGCGGCCAGCAACGGGCAGCCAGUGGCGGUGGAGUCGCCCUCCAGCCGGGCGUGGGUGGCCUGGCAGGGCCUGGGGGGCCGUGGCUUCAACGCCACCUACCACGUGCGUGGGUUCUGUGUGCCCUGGCAGCGGCCCUGCGGCCGGGGGGAUGAGGCCCGGUGCUACGGGGAGGCGGAGCGCUGCGAUGGCGUCUGGCACUGCCCAGACGGGGCGGACGAGGAGCACUGCCCAGGCUGCCCGGAAGGGAGCUACCCCUGCCGGGGUGGCACCGGGGGGCCCUGUUACGCACCCGCUGACCGGUGCAACUACCAGACACUGUGCCCGGACGGGGCAGACGAGCGGGGCUGCUGGCGCUGCCAGCCCGGCAACUUCCGCUGCGGGGAUGGGCGCUGCGUCUACGAGGCCUGGCGCUGCGACGGGCAGCCCGACUGCGCCGACUCCUCCGACGAGGCCUCCUGCCCCUACACCCUGCCCCGCAAGGUGGUGGCAGCCGCGGCCAUCGGCAGCCUGGUCUGCGGCCUCCUGCUGGUCAUCGCGCUGGGCUGCACCUGCCGGCUCUACGCCGUGCGCAGCCGGGAGUACAGCCUCUUCGCCCCCCUGUCCCGCAGCGAUGCCCAGCUGGUCCGGCAGGAGGCGCCCCCGUCCUAUGGGCAGCUCAUCGCACAGGGGCUGGUCCCACCCCUCGAGGACUUCCCCACCGAAAGCCCCGGGCAGACGUCGCUGCUGGGGAAUCUACGCUCUCUGCUCCAUCUGCUCCAGCAUGAGCCGGUGGGGGGGCGCCGGGCGCGCCGCCCCCCCCGCCCCCUGCGCCGCCUGCUGCGCCGCCUACGCCGCUGGGGGCUGCUGCCCCGCUCCACCCCAGCCGCCCACCCCCCUGCCGCCCCCCCUGCCCAGCCCCUGCCAGACGCUGCCAGCCAGGAGGAAGGGGGGGCAGCCGGUGGGCCCGAUGAGGCCCCGCCCCUGCCGCAGAAAGUCCUGCCCCCUGGGCCAGAGCCCCCCACGGCCCCGCCCCCCACGGGCCCCCAGCGGCUGCCCAGGGGGGUGAUGGGGGCCCUCCGCGGGUGCCUCUUCCCCUCCCCUGAGGGCCGUGGGGAGCCCCCGAGCCUCCCACCCUCCCCUGACGGGGAGGACGACGUUCUGCUACUGCCCCUCGCUGAGUCCCGGCCCUCCCCCCCUGCCGAGGCCCUGGAUGAUGACCCCCUCCUCACCUGAGCGCCCCCCGCCAGGCUCCAUUGCCUUUAAGAACCCAGCAGCCAACGGGGAGAGUGGUUAAGCCACCCCUGCCCCCAGCAGGGGUCAACUGGGGUGGCAAUAUUUGUGAGGCAGUCAAAAACUGGCCCGCAAAGGAUGGUGCCAUUGCACAUUGCCUUUAAGGACUUAACGCUAACUGAGCAGAGAGAAAAAAUUUGCCUGCCAGUUAAAAAAGCUCUUCAAGGGAAGAGCUUUGUCAGACAUUGCCUUUAAGAACCUGGCGGCUAAUCGGAGAGCAGGGCAGCGUGGCUGGUUGAACCAAUCGCGCCCAUCCCCCAGAGGCCAGUUCUGGCUGCAUCUGACCAGAAGGAAAAAUAUUUGUGUGGCAGUCAAAAAAAGCUCUUAAAAGGGAUGUGUCCUUUAGAAAUGUUUGUAUGGCUGUUCUAAAGAACAUCUUAAAGGUGCUGGAGCCCUAUUAGAGGAGGAAAGAAAUGGCAGUUAAAAAAGACUCUUAAAGGCGAUGGCUCAGCUGGCAAUAAUUUUCCUCUUCUAUGAGUUGAAAUUUUCUAUCAUCAAUUAUUUUUUCAUACCUGGGUUAGAAAAAUGAACCUUUACGGUAAGCAAACCUUUUUUGUGUGGAGGUUAAAAAAAAGGUCUUUUAAAGGCAAUGGGCAAAAUCAGCAACAUUUUACUCCCUGUUGGCUAAAAUGUGGUUCUGAUUGAAACAAAAAAAAAGAAAUCGACAGAAAAUGAAUACGUGAAUUUAUGUGGCUGGGAUUCUCCGUGCAAAAUAUUUGCAUGGCUGUCAAAAAAGAAAACUCUUAAAGGUAAUGACCAUUUAACCUCCUCUAGAGAUUGUUUUAAAUGAUUGUUUUUUUUUAAAUAUGACUUAGAAGAGACAAUGUGCGUCUGUAUUCCGCUGACAAAUCGAACAGUGAUUCUGAAUGACAAAAGAUAUAUGUGGCAGUUAAAUAUAUACAUAUAUAUAUAUAUAUAUUCUUAAAGGCAAUGACUAAAUCUGAAAGAUUGUCGGCCAUUUUUGAUAGAUUUUUUUAAUAUAUAUAUGUGUCAUUUUUGUAAAGAAGGUGAAAAAUAAGAUUAAAAGAAAUGUGUGUGUCUAUGGAUGGGGGAAAUUAACAUGUGAGUGUUGGCACCAAAUAUUUGUAUUGUAAACUGAUUUUUAAAGGCAAUGGCAAACGCAUUUAACCAGCUACCGUGAGAGUUUUUUUGUAGUUAUGUUUUUAAAUGCAAAAUCGGGAGCCGAGUUUUCACAAGUUCCACAGCUAGAAAAGCUGGACUUGAUUCUCAACCCAGACUUUUUGUGUUGCUGUUUUUUUUUUUUUUUUUAAAUAAGUUUCUUAAAGGCAAAGUUUGGAUCAGAAAAAAAGACACCAACUUUUUGCAGUGAAGUUUUCUUUGAUUUGCUUGUUCGCUUGUUUGUUUUGUACAAUUAGAUUUGAAAGAGAGGAACUAGGGAGAAAAUCAAGGUGCAAAUCUCUGCCCCAGAAAAUUGAGGUGGGGGAUGUCAGUCUAAAGCAUUUGCCUGGCCAUUAACAAAUAAAAACAAGUGGGUUUAUCUGUACCCAAAAUAAAUAAACAUCAGCCGUGACUCACUAUACAGCUUACUUGCGAAAUACAACGGUGAGACUGAAAAAUGUAACCAGCCUUGUAGAGAACUUUUUAAAAGAGAAAAUAGACGAUAGCUUGGUGCAUCAGUGUAUGCAACAGAAGAGACGCAGUGCAAAAAUUUGUGUGGCAGACAAAAAAAAAAAUACUCUUAAGGGUAAUAGCCAGGUGGGGAAAAUUUAACCAGGUUUUUCUGAAGAACUUGUUUUAUUUAAAAAUGAGAAAUAGCUGGAAAAUAAGAUUAAAAAUCUACAUAGCUGCAAAAUUAGAAUCCCAGGUGUAAAACAUUUACAAGGCAGUCAAAAAAUCAAAUAUUAAAGGCAAUGGCCAAAAUGGAAAAUUGUUACCAGCUCGUUCGUCCAUAAUUUUGUAAAAAGAGAGAGACAACAAAUUUGAGCAUCUGCCUAUGUAAAAAAGAAUUCACACUGCAUAAUAUUUGUGUGGCAGUCAAAAAAUACAAGGUUCUUAAAGGCAAUGGCCAGGGGGAAAAUUGGAGCCAUCUCUUGUGUAGCGAUUUCUCUCAGUAUGACGGAACCGGCAGGUUUUCCAGGCUGGUGGUUUGAUUGCAGGUCGAGGUUCGUGAUUAUUUUGGUAUAUUUGCCCUGGGAGCUCGAGGCCAAUCAGAUUUCUUGUUAGAAUUUUGCCUAUUAUUGUCUGUUCAAAUUAUUGCUAAGAAUUCAAGAAAAAAUACAUUUAAGAAGAAAAC